CAUCCUGCGAUUUAAGAAGAUGCAAAGAUGGAGAUGUUCUCUGAUAUCACCCUGUUUUUAAAUGGUGUGCUGCUUAUACCACGUUUUUGUUACUUGUAAUAAUACCACAGUACUUUGUAAAUAUCUUUGCGUGCCACAGUAUUAGUAUAUGUUUUUGUAAGUGUGUGAUGAUAAUACUUUAGUCCAGCAUUUAGACGCUGCUGUUUUGAUAACAUUGACCAUUAGUGCAUGUCAUUAACCCCGACUGUGUGGAUUUAAAGGGAUAGUUCUCUUAAAAUAGUGUAAUUUACUACCAUUAGAGCUGCUAGCAUGUGUGAUGUUUUGAGAUGUUCAUAAGCUCAGAUGCUGUCAGUGUGUUGGUCAGCCUGUUGUGAUGCUGCGGUCUCCAGAGGACCAGGUUGGCAUGGCAACACUGAGACCAUCCACUUCCUGGAAGAGAGUCGUGAAUCACAUGCAUACGGUUCAGAUGGUGCCACUGAUGCUGCUGGGGGAAGAUCUAGAGCUUAUUCUUGUAUACAUCAAUUAUUACAGUAUCGUGUGUAAAAUCUAUAGAUUUCACAAAAUCGUUUGUUUUUGUUUUGUAUCAUAAGGCUUUAGGUACGUGUUUUAGGAACACACCGUACAUCACAUUUCACAAGUGAAAAACCUGUAUUAAAUGGUUUGUUAUGACUAGUAUUUGCUCCUCCCACUGGUGUGUUUGCAGCGUUCUGAUUGGCUUUCGUCUGCAGAUGGCUCUACUGUGUAGGAGGGGCUUGUCACUAUCAGGGCGUUCAGGGAGUGACUCUCUGGUUGGCAUGGGGCCCGGGGUUGUUACGGUGACCCCUGAGGGUCACAACAGGUCGUGGGAGACCCUGGUGGUCGCCCCGGAGACGCCCAUCUUCCUCAUGACCCCCGCCACUCAGACCAUCUCUGGGAUCUUCACUUGGACGGCUCUGCUGCUCACCUGCCAACAGAUCUACAUGCACUUGCGCUACUAUAACACUCCUAACGAGCAGCGGCACAUCGUCCGCAUCCUCUUCAUCGUGCCGAUCUACGCCUUCGACUCGUGGCUCAGUCUGCUGUUCUUCACUAACGAGGAGUAUUACGUCUACUUCAACACCGUCCGCGACUGCUACAUCUACAUGCACUUGCGCUACUAUAACACUCCUAACGAGCAGCGGCACAUCGUUCGCAUCCUCUUCAUCAUGCCGAUCUACGCCUUCGACUCGUGGCUCAGUCUGCUGUUCUUCACUAACGAGGAGUAUCUACUUCAACACCCGUUUGUCAUCUAUAACUUCUUGAGUUUGUGUUACGAGUAUCUGGGCGGCGAGAGCGCCAUCAUGGCCGAGAUCAGAGGAAAACCCAUCCACGCAUCUCUCUCUGUGUCUCUGUAUUUAUACGUGACCGUCAUCUAUAACAUCUCGGUCAGUCUCUCUCUCUACGCUCUCUUCCUCUUCUACUUGGCCACUCGUGAUCUGCUGGAGCCGUACGGCCCCAUGCUGAAGUUCCUCUUGGUCAAAUCCGUCAUCUUCCUCUCCUUCUGGCAGGGGAUGCUGCUGGCCAUUCUGGAGAAAUGCGGCGCGAUUCCUCGCAUCAACUCUCCUGAUGUCAGCGUGGGGGAGGGGACGGUUGCCGCCGGUUACCAGAACUUCAUCAUCUGCAUCGAGAUGUUCUUCGCCGCUCUGGCGCUCAGACACGCGUUCACAUACAAGGUCUACAUGGACAAGAGACUCGACAUCCAGGGCUGUGUUCCUGUCUAUGGCCAGUACGGUCGUUGUGCUCCCAUGAGCAUCUCCAGCAGUCUGAAGGAGACGAUGAAUCCGGGCGACAUGCUGCAGGACGCCAUCCAUAACUUCUCUCCGGCGUAUCAGCAGUACACACAGCAGAGCCGCUGCGAACCGCUGAGCCGCUCCAACAGCUGCAGCAACGAGAAAACCCUGCUGCUCAGCUCUGACGACGAGUUCUGACGCGCUCUCAAACCCUAGUGAGAUCACGAUCAUGGUGCCUGCAUAGACAGCAUGUUUGGGCAUCAUCAGUGCUUCCAGACAGAAGGCAGCAAAACUACUGUAUGCUGCCUUGAGGGACGAUGCUGUGGCCAAAAUAUUGAUAGAAAAUACUUUAAUCCAGUGGAUCUGAAACCAUACCAAACAAUACCAGCUUUGAUCAAAUCAGAGCACACAAUCGCUGUAUUAAUGUUACUGAACGUUCUGGUUAUGAACGGAAAUGUUCUUCCAGUAAUGUUACUAGAAUGUUCGUUCAAACUUCUGCUCUCAAAAUGUUGAUGGAAUGUUUUUUUCCUGCAAUGUUUUGGAAGUUUGUGUAACGUUUUUUUUAAUGUUUCGGAAUGUUCAGAGAACCUGCAAAAGUAAUGUUCCCAGAAUGUUUGCACAAUAAAAUGGAAUGUUCCCUUAAUUGCACAACAGAGAAAAAUGUUUUUAAAACAUUUCAAAAACUAGACGUUCAGAGAAAAUCCAGAAAUAAUGUUUACUUAACUUAAUAAGAACAUUAGCAAAAAGCUGGGAAGCACACUUCAUAAAAUUUAUAUCAUAUUCUAAUCAAUAUCAAAAAUACUUCAGAUAAAUCAUGAUGCUAUCAGGCCCCCAACAUAAUUUGUAUUCCAAAACACAUUAUUUUGCAAACCAUUUUUUCAAAGUUCAAACCAAUAAUAAGUAAAUAAAUAUAUAUUUUUCUACAUUGUAUCCCCUCUGUUUGGAAACGCUGGAACUGCUCUGUCUGGAUUCAUUAUCGAUAUGAUGCUCAACUGAGCACCGAACCAGCGUUUGAGUCAAAAACAAACCUCUCUUUAAAACUGACUAAACUUUAAAGGCAAACAGAAUAAUGUUUGCUGCUUUUCUGCACAUUUAGAAUGUAAUGAAAGAAUAAGCAUUUGAGUAAAAUGAUCUUCAGAAUUAAAUAUAUGUGAAUUUAAAAGUGCACAGUUUGAGAAUCACUGGUUUAAUUCAAACUGGAUCACUGCAUGUGUGUCACGUGAAGCUGCUGCCUGUGUAGGGCGUCUCAGAUCACUCACUAAUGAGGGUUUAUUAGCUGCAGCAGACAGGAGGAGGAUUAUGAAUCAUAAUGUCGUGCCAUAUAAACACACACUCUCCUCUCGGCACUUUCUACAUGUGUAUUUCAGGGUAACGUGAAGAUUUAUUUACAUGAAGUGUCUAGAUUAUAAACUGCUGCAUAAUAAACUACAGGAGCAACUAGUUAAUGACUGAAUGCCUUAAACAUCUGUUACUCUCAUGUGGUUCACUGGAUUUAAAACUAGUAAAUAU